AUGCGGUUGCAGGGCGAGACGUAGGUGUCGACGCCGACGUCGACGCCACAGGCACAUUCGCCGAUGACAUGUGCGCCACCUUCGCGUACCUCGCGAAGGUCGACGAGAGUGGAAGGCAGUCGGCCAAGAUCGAAGCAUUCUGGAAGAUCACGCUGUAUGCGGCAGCAACUGAUGUGGCGCGCCUGAAGCUCGGGUCGAAGGAUGUGCUGACGGAGGACGCAAAGCUCACUGCGAGACCGAGCGAUUGCGAUGAGGACUUCGUCGUGGCCGCAUCUGCCGACGACGACGACGGCGACAUCGACGCGACCAUGUCGGUUGCCCAGCUGCAACAGAAGAUCGGCGAGCUGAGCAAGCCUGCGGCGACGCUGCUCGGCAUCCUCCAGCAAUCUAACCCUCGCGCCGUCCCCGUCGCGGCCAAUAUAUUGUCUGGCGGUGUGAUGAACUCCGCUAUGAUGGCGCUGCUCCAGCACGUCGUGACGAUCGGAGGUGCGUUCGAUACCGAGGACAACGCGUGCGCUUUCCUCGUCAAGGUUCUGACCGAGGCUGUCUCGGAGAAACUCCCGAGACCCUUCGACGACGUGGCCGAGCUCAUCCAGGCGACGGUGAAUAGCGACAACAUGCCGCUUCUCUCUGGCACGCCCUUCGAAGACAUCAUGAAGCUCAACAUAGACCAGAACUCCAUACUGAUGACCGACAACAUCAUCGCUCUCACCGACUUGACGAACGAGGCCGUUCGGAAUGCGACUGGUGGCCACGUCUUUGUUUUGAACGGGAUCCAGAGGGCGACAGGCAUGAGCUUCCCUGCUUUCUGGCAGCGAGUCUACCAGAAGUGUCUGGAGUUCAACGCGCACUGCAAGACUCACGAUGGCAUCGGCUUUCAGCAGAGCAAGGACAAGCUCUAUGAGGUGUUGAUGUCGAAGUCUCACGCGAAGUUUCUGUGCACCAUCAAGGAGCACGGUAUCCAGAUGCCGCCAGGCUGGAAGAUCAGUGGCAACAUCGACGCGUUCCCUACGCAGCGCCAGAAGGUCAACACCUGCCGCAGGCCGCGGAGCGGCAGGGGCAGGACGUGCAGAUGGUUUCGACUGGCGAUCUUCCUGGCGGCGAGAUCAAAGUUCGGGCCAGCGCCGCUGACCCAGUGGCGCAAAGAGAUCUCGGCGCAGGAGAAGGCAGAAUCCGCAUCGCCGAUCGGCAAGCAGAACAUCGUGAAGCGCUACCUGAUGAGCACCAUCCAAACCCUUCUCAUGAAGAGAGCCGCCAUCGACUACGACGCGGACAACGUGGGCCCAUCCAAUCUCCCCAUCACGCGCGAUUUCGAGGUGGACCCAGAGAACCCGAAGAUCACGUUGCAGCGCGCGGCGGGCGCUGGAACUUGUAAACUCACUUUCUUCGGGCGCGUGGUGGAAGAGGCAGCCGCGCAGCUUCUCGGCAAGGCCACCGCCGUGCAGAUCGUCGCGGAGACUGAAGGUGACGAGAGCUUCUACAUCGACGGCAAGCUCGACAUCGACAGCGGCAGGUCGGACUGCUGCGCGGCGUUCCGCAUGCCGCCCCUGCCUCCCUCAGAGAGCUCAGUUUCGGCAUGCGGGGGGCCGUCGAAGGUGCAGGAGAAACAGAAAAAUGGCAAACAGCCUGUGGUCGCCACCCACCGCAUCGAGUACCGCACCGAGGAACUGGAGGACCCCUUCGCUUGCGUGCGCGUCUUCAAGAUGCCCUACUUGACGGACAUCCCCGAUGAGGUGGCGAUCAAGCAGUCUGAGUUGGGCGCGCUCUAUAGGGAGCGCGCGCCAUUCGACGACCACAAACCACAGAGGACGAGUGCCAAGAACACCAGCUCUUUUUUCACGCGUUGA